CUUCAUACGAUUGGCGCUCACGAAGUAGCGCUCAGGCUAAAAAAGGUUGCUGAGCCCUGGUUUAUACCUAUUGUACCAGCGAAAAAUUACUUUAUUAAUUAUUUUUUCACCGUGUUAGCCAAAAUGCCAGCUCGUCGUAUUGCUGAAUAUUGCUCAAACAGUCGGGAGGAUGGAUUCAUUCCUCACACUUUUCCAAAACACCCAGUUCGUCAUGAAAAAUGGAUUGCAUUGGUGCAAAGGACGAGAGCGCUGUGGGUUCUAAAUGACAGUUCAGGGUGUAUCUCGCCUCCUGCCCGAUGACAGCUGGGAUAGACUCCAGCACUCCAGGGACCCUUGUGAGGAUACGCGGCUAAGAAAAUGGAUGGAUACAUUUAAGUCAAAAAAACAAAUCUCUCCACUUCAGCGUUCUGACACACUGCGUGGUUGACAAGUUACACCUUUUGACCAGCAGAUGGAGAUCUUUAUCAAAUGAUGGCAUCUGCCCUUUGACCUGUGCUGUUUGAGUCAAAGGUGGACGGACCCUUUUCACAUUUGUUAUGACAUACCUCAGUUGAGGCAUAACUGCAUCGUUUGCAGUGCAGAAGGCUACAGCUGUAUCAUUCGUAUUAAUUAUAUGACAAUGUGACAAUCUGAGUCCGCGUGUGUGUGCUUGUAAAUCAAGAGCUUUGCCGAUGUUUAGCAGCUAAGCUCCUUCCUCACUAUAAUAGAGUGAUACAGAGUCCGCAUCACUGGUCACUGAUCUUCCUUGUCGAUCUCGGGCUGCAUUCUUCCCUCACUGGUGAACAAGACCUCAGGAGUUUUGUUUAGUGUGGUUUGGCCUAAUUUAACUUCUCCUGGCCUUUGCGCACCCCCUCCCACUCGACAGCCCACAUGACUGUCAGAAUGCGAAGUCAGGUAACCAGUAUGUGUGAAGAAACUACCAAGGACCUUUUUUUUUUUUUUUAAUGCUGGACUCCUCCCUGCUCACUUGCCUAUAAAGCACCCCCGGUGGCCGCCUCUCAUCGGGGUUUGCAAACUUCCAUCCAAAGGGACGACGUCAACGUCAGCCACGGGCCGAGGACCGCCGCAAAACAUCUCCGAGCAAACCACCCCCGAGCGAGCAACCAAGAUGGCGCCCUUUGAGAAAUCCAUGGAGAUGAUGAUGCCCUUUAAGCAGAGAAAGUGCUUGGAAACAAGAAAAGACGAAGUGUGCAGCAUUCGCUCCAAAUUCCCCAACAAGCUGCCCGUUAUCGUGGAACGUUACAUCCGUGAAAAGACCCUCCCCCUGCUGGACAAGACCAAGUUUUUGGUUCCCUUUGAGCUCACCUUGGGUCAGUUCCUCUGCCUGCUCAGGAAUAAGAUCGACCUGGAAUCGACACAGGCUCUCUUCCUGCUCGUGGCUGAAAAAAGCAUGUCCUGCAUGUCCUCCAGCAUGGGGGAGGUCUACACCCACUACAGAGACCCCGACGGCUUCCUCUACAUCACCUACGCCUCUCAGGAAAUGUUCGGAGCACCCCAACCGGCAGGAAGGCCGCCGCACUGAGCCCGUACCCACCUGCGCUAUCUUCGGAGGCCCAUUUUUGCACAUUUGAACCACACCUGGACGAGGGCUGUUUUUUGAGGUGUUAGCCCGACACGUUAUGUCACGGGAACGAUUCAACAUGAUGCUGGAAAUCCCCCCUGUCAGUAUUAUAUGAUCGAUAAAUGUCCAUAGUUGGGUGUCAUUGAGAUCUUGCGGAAGAAAUGCAAUGCAGGCAAAGCACCGCGUGUGCUUCUGUUGAGACGGGAGCCUUGAAGGUGCCCGGACGGACACAGAGUCACGCCACUAAUCACUCCCUCCGAGCACUUCCCCCUCCUCGCCGUCCUCGACAAUGUGAAUUCUUCUCCCAGACAUCUCGUCACAAGGACUAUUGA